CGCUGGCAGCCGUUAACGGGCGCGGUUCUCCCGCCUGCAGGCACCAUGGUGAAGGAGACGGAGUACUACGACAUCCUGCAGGUGAAGCCCAGCGCUUCUUCGGAGGAGAUCAAACGCGCCUACCGCAAGCUGGCGCUCAAGUACCACCCCGACAAGAACCCCAGCGAGGGCGAGCGGUUUAAACUCAUAUCCCAGGCAUAUGAAGUUCUGUCGGACCCAAAGAAAAGGGACCUCUAUGACCAGGGUGGGGAGCAGGCUAUUAAAGAAGGAGGCCUGAGUGGCGGCAGCUUCUCUUCACCCAUGGACAUCUUUGACAUGUUCUUUGGUGGUGGAGGCCGAAUGAAUAGAGAGAGAAGAGGCAAGAAUGUUGUGCACCAGUUAGGUGUAUCUCUUGAAGACUUAUAUAAUGGUAUUACAAGGAAACUAGCACUGCAAAAGAAUGUAAUUUGUUCCAAAUGUGAAGGUUAUGGUGGAAAGAAAGGGUCUGUAGAAAAGUGUCCUGUGUGUAAAGGAAGAGGAAUGCAAGUUAUAGUUCAGCAGAUUGGACCUGGUAUGGUACAACAAAUCCAAACUGUGUGUCCAGAAUGCAAAGGCCAAGGUGAAAGAAUAAAUCCAAAGGACAGGUGUGAGACCUGCAAUGGCUGUAAGGUUGUAAGAGAGAAAAAGAUAAUAGAAGUUCAUGUUGAUAAAGGUAUGAAAGAUGGUCAGAAGAUAGUAUUUCAUGGAGAAGGUGAUCAGGAGCCUGAUCUGGAGCCUGGUGAUGUUAUAAUUGUGCUUGAUCAGAAGGAUCACGGUGUCUUUCAGAGGCGAGGGCAUGACUUAAUUACAAAAAUGAGAAUUCAACUCUCAGAGGCUUUGUGCGGCUUCAAAAAGACCAUUGAAACUCUUGAUAACAGAGUCCUUGUAAUAACAUCUAGACCAGGUGAAGUGAUAAAACAUGGUGACUUGAAGUGCAUCCAAAAUGAAGGGAUGCCUAUCUACAAAUCUCCCCUGGACAAAGGCAGUCUAAUUAUACAGUUCUUGGUCCAGUUCCCAGAGCAUUACUGGCUUCCAAGGGAGAAACUGUCUCUGUUGGAGGCUCUGCUUCCUCCACGAGAAGAUGUAAUGAUCACAGAUGAUAUGGACCAGGUUGACCUGGAAGACUUUGAUCCAAGCGAGCAAACCUACCGUAACAGUGGGGGAGAAGCAUAUGAAGAAGAUGAGGAGAGUCCAAGAACAGGAGUACAGUGUCAAACAUCUUAAAGCAAGGUGGAAUGUAUGUCAUCUAAAACGUAAAUUUUCACAAUGAAAACUGCAUGGCUGUAAUAGCCACUGCUUGUGGGUUUUGUGUUCAGCAAAUUGAGUUGCUGCGCUGUCAGUAUCACUUUUUUUUGUAACUAAUUUAUAUUGUGUUCUUGUAGUCUUUAUAUAUAAGGCAAAUGUUACACAGCUGAGAACCAACUGAGUUGGUAUACAUCUUCCUUUGCUGUAAAGGUUCUCAAUUUAUUUCACCUAUGCUAUUUAUAUAAGACUUGCAAUAUUCAUAAGAGCUGAGUGGAGUGUCUUAUGUAAAUAUUUUCAUACUGGAAAAUUAAUUUCAUAGAAUAAAAGAUAGCAUAAAUGACUUCUAAUAAACGGCAUUCUUCACAUUUA